AUGACCAAGUCUGAACAGAACAACACACUAAUCUCUGCUGCUCCUGGUGGUGAUGUCAUCCUGCCGUGUCGUCUGGACUCUGAGGAGGACCUGCAGUUUCACACCGUGGAGUGGACCAAACUGGAGAUGGACCCUGACCGAGCAGACACUGAUGGCCACAAAGGUGUCGUGUAUCUGUACCGGAGCAGGACGACCAAGACCAGAUUCAUGAUGGAGACGUUCAUCCAGAGAGUGUCUCUGAACCCAGACGGACUCAAACGAGGAGACGUGACGUUAAAGAUCAGGAACGUGACGCUCCAGGAUGAGGGGAAGUACAGCUGCUUCAUUCCUGGGAAGAAGUUCAGGGAGACGGUUCAGCUGCUUGUUGAGCCAAACGGAGUCAGAGCUCCAACCAUGGAAACAUCCCAGUUUAACAUCUCCACUCCAGAUCCAGGAGGAGAGCAGAACAACAUCUGGAUCAGUCGCUCCAGAUCGGCUCUUUGGGUCGUUCUUGGAGUUUUUACCUCAUUGAUCUUCUUUUUAUUUUGCUGAUGGGUCUUUCAGAGG